AUGAGCAGGCCGGGAAGGUUGACAAGAUCCAUCAAUAGACAAAGAGGCUUCAGUUCAGCUUCUGAUGUCUGUGGCGUAGAGAGACGUGGAGCCUAUAAAGCCUCUCCGUGCCCACCUGUUGGAAGAUGUGAAGUGGGUGACUACAGCAGCAACAGCGCCUGUACCCUGGGUGGAAUGAGAAGACUUCCCCAUGGGACUGGAUAUCUCAGCGAGGGCUACGGUGCCGGAGGCCACAGAUGGGCAGGUUACAGAGGUGUUGACUCUGGACGAUUUGGAAGUGUUAGCAGCAGGGUAGAUGUUUGUGGCCAUAGAGGUUAUGGCACUGUUCAAGGGUAUGGUACUCUGGGAGGCUACACUGCUUGCAAGCGUGAUGGUAUCCAAAGGGUCUGCAUUAACAAGAGUCUUCUAACGCCUCUCUGCAUGGGAGUUGAUCCACAGGAACAUCAGGUCCGAUCCCAGGAGAAGGAGCAGAUGAAAUGCCUCAACAACCAGUUUGCCUGCUUCAUUGACAAGGUGCAAUGUCUGGAGCAGCAGAACAAGGCGCUGGAGACCAAGUGGAAUCUCUUGCAGCAGCACACAAUGCCAGCCGCCAGGAAAACUCUUGAGGCGUACUUUGAGAAUUACAUCUGUAAGCUGAAGAAGCAGCUGGAGUGUUUGCUGGGUGAAAGGGAACAGCUAUCCAACAAAGAGUGUGUGGCAAAGAAGCUUGUUGAUGAGUUUAGGUGCAAAUAUGAAGAGGUAAUUAAUAAGCGGAUGACUGCAGAACAUGGGUUUGUGUUGGCCAAGAAGGAUGUGGACUAUGCCUUUUUGAACACGGAAGAGCAAGAGGUGAAGGUGGAUUUGUUGAAAUGUCAGCUGGAAUUGCUGAACCAUGUGUUUACAGAGGAACGAGCUCAGAUGGAUUGCCAACUCUGUGACACCUCCGUCAUGGUGAAAAUGGACAACCGCCGAGACCUGGACAUGGAGACCAUCAUCAAGAAUGUCGAAUGCUGCUACAAAGAAAUAGCUCAGAAGAGCAAAGAAGAAGUGGACACUCUGUACCAAACCAGGUUCCAGGAACUUCAGGAGCAAAGGGGCAGAUUCUGUGAUGAUCUGGAGAGCAACAAGAGGGAGAUUGCACAGCUGACCCAACUGAUUCAGGAGCUGCAAUGUGAGCUUGACAAUGUGAAGAAGCAGGUUGGCUGCCUACAGACAGACAUUCGUGAUGCUGAGCAGCAUGGGGACUUCACCCUGCAAGAUGGCCGGGCUAAACAUGUGGAGUUGCAGAAUGCCCUGCAGAAGGCCAAGGACGAAUUGGCAAGCAUGCUGCGGGAUUACCAGGAGCUGCUGAAUGUCAAGCUGGCCCUGGAUAUUGAGAUUGCAAUGUAUAAGACAUUGCUGGAGGGAGAAGAAAGCAGGAUCUGUUCAGGCACCCCUGUGACUGUAGCUGUGGUCACCAGCUCCUGUGAUAUAGCUGAACAUUUUGAGUCAGCCGCUGGAAUCGGAGGUCCUAGAAGGGGAUUGAGCUCCAGAAGCACAGGGGUCCAACCCAGAAGAAGAGCGAGCUCUGUGGUGAGGCCGCGUGUCCAGGAAGGUGUAGGCUGCUUUCCAUCCGCAGGGCUCAGCUCCCGAAGUGAUGGAUUUAGCUCUCAAAGCUGGGGUUACCAAUCCAGGACAGUGGCGAGCACUGCAGGAGGCCCAGGUUUUUCUGGAGGUGUAGCUUGUUGCCCCAAGGGUGGACCUGUCCCCAAAAAGGGGGAAGUUAAUUCUCAUAUUGCAGUAUGCCAGCCUGGAAGCACGGCCAACUUUGGUCCUGGAGGAUGCGUUAUGAGACAUUUAGGGAGCUCUCCAAUUGUUGGUGAAGCUUGCCCUGGGGUUGGAGGAUGCGACACUGGAGUCGUGAAGCCGUAGCAGCCUUUUAGGCAUCCUGUAUGCUACUCGGCCACGUUCCCAUGGCCUGUUAAUGGUCUCAUUUGCCCUCUGGGUUUCUUGAGACUGACAGCUCUAUAAAUCACAAGGAAACUUGCCAUAUUUUCUCAUAUACAAUCCACCCUAGAAUAUG